ACAAGUUCUAAGGUCGGCCUCACGCUAGUCUAUUGUGCAAUAUGAGGCGCGCGGCGCGCCGCCGCGCAUGCGUCCACAUUUUCCCGCCAAACUCCGCACGCGUCCAGACGCGUACGAAAAUAAAAUUAAAAAAAAAUAACUAUGCCAAAAAAUUUUGCACACGUGACAGGAUUUUUUAAAAUAUGGAAUUAUUAAAUUUAUUUUAAUAUUAUCAAUUUGAUGUUAGCUCAAAAUUAAAAUGGAGGCGUAGAUUUGAAAAUUGAAUAUAUUGAGGUGUGGUGAUAGUGUUGUGUGGUGAUUAGUGGUGCGUGAUGGUGCCACCAUGUGGCUGGUCGUGGUACAUCUGCUGCUGGUGACCGAAGCACUAGCCUUCAACAUCAGCAACCUCAUCACGCCAUUCAGCGAUGUGUUACAUGUCCGCUACCCAACUCGCAAGUCACACGUUCGCAGACAGCGCGCCAUACCACCCUCAGUACCAUUUCCUUGCGAAGAUGCGCUCUCCUGGGGCCGCAGUCCUGAACGGCCAACCUCAGUGCACAGACUAAGGCCUGGGGACAUAGACGUGGUGGCUGCUAUUGGUGAUUCCUUGGUCGCAGGCAGUGGGGCUCUAGAAGAAUUCGCGCUCGGAGCCUUUGUAGAGUAUAGGGGAGUUUCGUGGUGUGCUGGUGGUGACGCAUCAUGGCGAGAAUACCUGACCUUACCAAAUAUCCUGAAGGAGUUCAACCCGAACCUUCGUGGCUACUCCACGGGCACCGGCGAGUGGCUCACCAGGAACGCCAAGUUCAAUGUCGCCUUCCCUGUGGCUUCAGAUGAGGAUGCCUUGAAGCAGGCUAAGAUCGUAGUCGCUCGGAUGCGAUCAUCGCCUGAAAUCGAUAUAGCAAACGAUUGGAAGAUGGUGACGGUAUUCAUAGGUGCUAAUGACCUCUGCUCUGCCUCCUGUCUGAACCCCAUCUCGUGGUCUCCUGCAGCUCAUGCCAAGAAGCUGGCCAUAGCCUUGGACUACCUCCACAAACAUCUGCCGAGGACUAUUGUUAACUUAGUGCCGGUUUUAGAUGUGUCAGUAUCAAUCCGCGUGCUGCGUCCGAUGAUGUGCCGGCUGAUGCACUCGCUGUUCUGCACGUGCUUCCACCAGCAGGGCGGCAACGAGCUCUACGACCUCGUGCGGAUGGCCAGGCUCUAUCAGAAGGCUGAAGUGGCACUGGUGGAGAGCGGUCGCUACGACACGCGGCCUGACUUCACGGUGGUGCUGCAGCCCUUCAUGCGGCUGUUCAACGCUCCACUGCCGCCCGUGCGGCCGCUGCCGCUCGUCAUCCACCAGUCCUACAUCACGCACGACUGCUUCCACUUCUCGCAGAAGGGACAUGCUCUAGCGGCGAAUCUUCUGUGGAACAACCUUCUAGAGCCGGUAGGCAAUAAGUCCGACAACGUGCCGCCAGUCCUGCUGCGGCAGUUCCGCUGCCCCAGCAGGUCUGCGCCCUUCCUCUUCACCGGGAACAACUCCCGGAACUUCCUCAUCACCGGCAAGCAGGAGGGGGCUGAUGAGGUCUUCCUAUGAGGACUUCUUAAAGGGGACUGAAGUCUUGGGUUCCCAAGGGAGACCUCAAAGGACAAUUAUAAGUUCCUGCUCUCUACUGGAGGUAUCAAAGGUUGACCAGUCAAAAGUGAAUUGCUAGUUGGUAUUUGUUUUUGGUCGCAGUGUACGAGUAUUCUAUAAAAAUUAUAGUAACAAGACAUUGAGUGGCAUUUUGUUUGCUUUCAAAGUAACUGUGUGAAGUUUUGAGGAGUGGAGUUUGAUUUGAUUCAAUUGUGUAGAAUUGUUUUAGUUUUAAAGUGAGGUGAUGAUAAAAGGGUCUUCAACGAUACUUUUGAUAAUGACCUAAAGACAAAAAAUAAGCUCAGUGACUGCUUUGCUCAAAAGUUUUUGCCGUAAGAAUUCGAAUCCAAAGUUAAGCGAAGGCGGUGCUCAAAAUUUGCUCAAUUAUUAAUAAUACACUUAUUUAAUAAUUUCCAUGACAAUAAUUAGUAACGUAUUAAGUAAUGUUAUUAGAAAACCUGUUCCCAUGACAAGGAGGAAUUAGGUUCAUUUUCGAUAACUUGUCAAAUAUUUAUAAUUAGUUUAAUAUUAUAAAUAAUUUGUACAUUUGUAGAUAUUUUUCAUAUACUAAGUUAUAAUAUUAUGUAUAUUUGACGCCAGAAUUAGAUGAAGUUACGUAGUUAGGGAUGUUAAAUAACUUAGCAAAACUGUUUACAUUGUUUUUGUCAGAAUUCUGAUGUCAACUAUUUAAGUAAGAUAAAGUUAAACCUCAAUGGUUCCAAAGGAACACUAGAGGUAUUGAAGGACCAUUUUGUUUUUCUAGAUAUUUGGUAUGGUGAUGUGUUCAAAAGUUAAUUAAUGUCUAUAGUUUCUAAUUAAUUUUCUUCAAGAUCUGAAGAAAAUUUAAUAAUUUAAUUAUUUUCUUUACAUGACGUGAUAUCAUUUAAUCUUACAUGUGGAAUUAGUAAUUUAUACUGUUUACUUGACAGGUGUAGAAUCUAUUCCUUCAAAAUAAAUAUGUAUUAGAUUAUUUCAUGCAUGUAAAGAGUAUCUUUAGUGGUGCCGGAAGAUUACAAAAAUAUACGUGGGAUAUUAAUUUAAAGGUUUAAAUCUAAGUUAAAAGUUAACAAUAGCUCAAUGUUGUGAUGUAGUUAAGUGAAUAAAGUACACGUUUAGCUUAAUAUUAGUUAAUGAGUAACUUAAUAUCACUUGUUAGUGCCAUUGACGUUACGCUCUCAACCAAAUGUUAUUGUAAGCGAAAGUUACCUAAACAUUAUACUUUAAGUUUUCGUCCAUGGCUUCAUUUUAAUGAAUAAAUCAAUCAAUUUU